AUGACAUUCAAGUCAAUCUGCCUCAUCGGCGCCUCCGGCAACCUAGGGACGCACAUCCUGCGGCACUUACUUGAAUCCUCUCAGAAUUUCAACAUCACAGUGCUUGCCCGCCAGUCCUCGACUUCAAAAUACCCCGACAAUGUCAAAGUGGUCACGUUCCCCGACGACUACCCCGUCGACAAGCUGAAAGAUGCUUUUACCGGCAUCGACGUAGUCAUAGCUUCCCUCUCAAUGACCUCCAUGCACCAACAAUUCAAGAUCAUGGACGCAUGCUACGCCUCCGGUGUGAAACGCUACUUCCCUACAGAAUUCGGCCUUGAUGAUCUCCCGCAGUGGCUUCUGGAUCUGAGGGAGAUGUUCAAGAUCAAGCACGAUGUCAGGGACCAUCUGAUUGAGAACCAGGCUAAGAUGGAGUGGACGAGUGUCUGCUGUAACGCUUUCUUCGAGAUGGGUGUUGGCAGCGGCUUCUUCCAGAUCUUCUGGUCGGAGAAGAAGGCCGUGUUGAUUGAUGGUGGCAAAGCGGAGUUUGUGGCGGCGACGCUGGAUACGGUGGGGUUGGCUGUGGUCAAGGCUAUUGAGAAGCCGGAGGCGAGCAAGAAUCGGAUCUUGCUCGUGCAGGAUUUCCGGACGAGUCAGAAGGAGAUUCUGGAUGCGAUUCAGAAGAAGGUCGGGGGAUGGGAGGUUGAGAGCGUUGAGUCGGGGCCAUGGUUGGAGUCGGGGAUUGAGGCUGUGAAGAAGGGGGAUAACAGUCAGUUGGGAAAGUUGACUUUUGGGACGUUUGCGACGGGGAACAAGUAUGAGGGUCGACCGGAAUGGGGCAAUGAGGCGAUUGGGUUGAAGACGAAGAGUUUUGAUGAGGCGAUGGAUGUCUUCUGGGCAGAGCAUGAAGCGAAACAGAAAGCUUGA